AUGAGCUUUCAAGAUACCAUUAGAGAAACCAGUGCUCGUCUGGAGAAAACGCUGGAUACACUAGGACAGCCAGUGAAGCCCUAUUUGCCUGCCAUCAGUCGAUUUCUCGUGGUGGCUACAUUCUAUGAAGAUUCGCUCCGUAUCAUGGUGCAGUGGUCAGACCAAAGAAACUAUCUGGAGGGAGAUAGAGGUUUUCCCAAAGGCAUUUCCCAUAUGUUUCUUCUCUUGAAUGUGUUGGCCAUGUUGAUCUUCUCUUCUACAUUAAUAGCAAAGAAGCAUGUCAGCACAUCUGUGUGCGUCUUGGCUGGUGUUAUUGUCUCUCAGGCAAUUGGUUACGGUCUCGUAUUCAAUUUCAGUUUCUUUUUGCGUAAUCUUUCCAUCUUGGGUGGUUUGCUGCUGUGCCUUUCAGAAUCCAUCCUGCGCAACAAGAGACAGACAGGCUCAUCCCAUCUGUUUGCAUCCCUCCCUACUUUAUCAGAGACAGAGCGUCAUGAAUACUUUCAACUUGCUGGUCGCGUUCUUUUGGUACUCUUGUUUGUAGGGUUCAUUGUUCAGGGUGAAUGGAGUUUUCUGCGUGUAUUCGUUUCGUUAGCAGGAUUUGCGGCCUGCGUGAUGGUGGUGGUAGGAUUCAGGGCUAAAUGGUCAGCAUCGUUUCUGGUUACCUUUUUAUGCGUCAUGAAUGUCAUUGUCAAUAACUGGUGGACAGUGCAACACUCAAACUACAUGAGGGAUGUUACAAAAUACAACUUUUUCCAGUGUCUCAGUAUCACAGGCGGAUUGUUGCUCUUAGUUUCUAUCGGUCCUGGCCAUCUCAGUUAUGAUGAAAAGAAGAAAGAUUAUUGA